AUGAAUAACUAUUAGGUCGGUCCUUUUUAAUAGAAUUAAAAUUAAAUUCAUUCUUAGGAUUAACAGCAUCUGCAUGCUGAUGAAAAGCAGGAAUUACUAAUGGCUACAUAAAAUUAAAAGGAAUCAUUUAUAGCCUCUGAGAAGUUAUAGUAAAAAAAAAGUAAAAAAAAUAGGAGUCUUUCAUAGUUAAGAAAUUACCGACCUGCUAUUUCAAUAAAUUAAAAUUUAAAAGGGGAUAUUAGGUAAAAAUAAGAUGAAAAUGCUAGGCCUUAGUAGAUGUACAAUUUGAAUAAUAAUAAUAAAAGUUUUAAUGGCUAGAUCAAUAGCCAUCAUUAGAUUGAUGAUACAUACUAAAUCUAGGCUGAUUCGGUAUAACAAUAAAAUCAGCAAUUAUAAUAAUUCAGUGAGGAGUUAUUUUCUAGCAAUUUGAGUCAUAGAUUAAAAUCGCAAGGGAAGCUAAUAGGACUACAAAGAAUGAGAUCGUAAUAAACAUAGAAAUAAAUUAUCUCUGCAGCAUAACCAAAUGGUUAGAAUAAUGUGUAUUCAUAGAAUUAAUAGCAAAUUUAAGGUAGUAGUUUUAAUAGCAGUAAUAAUAGUAAUAUGAUAAAUUAGCAUAAUAUGGCUUUGGUUAAUGCUCUUCAAAAUGGGAUAAUGAGUUCUAGAUUAUCUAAUACCUAAAGAAAUUAUCAUAUUUAACAAAUUCAUAAUAAUUCUAACAAUUAACAUUAAUAAACAAACUAAAAUAAUGUAAAAUCGAAAAAUAUAAACAAUUUUUAUUCGUUUAGUUUAAAUAAUACAAAUAACAACAGCUUUUCUGAUGAAAAUACAGAAAAUAUUCAAUCCAAUAAUGGUAGUUAAAAUAUAUAGAAUGUAAAUAAUAAUAUUAACAAUACUAACUAACAGAUAUAGGUUAGCAAUGUAAAUAAUUAUAGAUAAUCUGCAUCAACUAGCAGGAAUAGCUAAAAUAAUUUAAAUGAUAAGACUCAUAAUCAAUUGUCAAAGCAGCAUUCUCAUUACUCUUCUAAUGGUAAACAUACUUCUUUUAAUAACUCUAAUAAUAAUAAUAAUAGUGGUGAUCUUAAUAUGUUCCGUAGGUCUAUGAAUAGAAUAUAUCAAAAGCCCUAAUCUUCUUCUUAAUAAUAAUAAUCAUAAGGUUAGUAGCAAUAAUAAAAUAACUCUUCUCGAGUAUUAUAAGUAAAUAAAUUAUUUCAGAAUGAAUCAUUUUAAAUACCAGAAGGAUAAAAGAAAUUUUUCAAUAACUUAUCGUCCUCGAUAAAUAUAUAAUAAAUAGAAGGAAUGCAAUUUCCUAAAUCAGCUAGAAAAGUACUUCUUGGAUCAUCUCAAAUGACUCAUUUCAAUGGUUUGAAAGCAGAUCAAUAAGCUUUUUUACCUCCUUUAAUAGAUUAGAGUAAUGAAAAAAAUCAUUAGGAAUAGAACUUUGUAAAUAAUUAAUUAGAUGAACAAGCUUAGAGCUCAUUCAUACCAUAAAAUAAUACUAAUACUACUGAUUCUGAAAAUAAUGUUCCUUUUAACCAUUUUAGUAAUAGUGUUAGUUAACCAAGGAGUUAAUCUAAUUCAAGAAGUAAUUUAAGUAAUAAAGUUUAAACUAGAAGUCUUUCAAGAUAAAGUAUGAAUAAUUAAAGCAAUUUGAAUAAAAAUAAUAAUGAUGCUGAUAAAUCAGUAACAAACGAGAGACAAACCAAUAUGAAUACAUCUUAGAACGGGUUAAGUUUCAACUCUUCUUAAGCUUCUUCUUAAAUGAGAAAAAAUUCUAAAAAAAACUCCUUAAAUAAUAUAGUUAAGAAUAUAUACAACAACACAAAUAUUCAAAAAGCAGAGCAGCCAAAAGUAUUAAGCCCAACAAAAAAUAAAAGUUAAAACGUAUUCAAAAUUUAAAGUGUAGAAAAUAAAUCAAUCAAUUAGGGAGUAUCCGCAUUAAGUAAUUCUAAUACAAAUGGAGUUAUAAAUAAUAAUUAAAAUCCAUCAAAUACAUUUAAUCAGAAUGUAAGCAGUUACUAUCCAAUCUUAAAUUCGCGUAAAUAAAGUACAUCUAGCAUUCCAUAAAAUGAUAAUACUAAUUAAGAAUCUGCAUAAAACCAAACGACAGGUAUUUAAAAUAUAAUGGAUGAUUCUGUUGAAGAAUAUUUAGAAUUUAACCAAAUACCUAAUAUUGAUCCUUCCAAAACUUCUUAAAAGUCAUUAGGUAUCAUUACUGCUUAUGGUGCAAAUACUCAUUAAGGAAUUGUAAGAAAUUAUAAUGAAGAUAGAGUAAGUAUAAUUUUGAACAUGGCCAAGCCUAAGGAUAAACCAGAAGAUUUAGUAUGGCCAAAUGUUUCUUUUUUUGCAGUAUACGAUGGUCACGGAGGAAGCUCUUGUGCUGAAUUUUUAAGAGAUAAUCUUCAUUAUUAUAUUAUAAGAGAUGAAAAUUUUCCUUCUAAUCCUAAACUCGCAAUUUAAAAAGGUUUUGAAAAAAUAGAAGAUACUUACAUAGAAAAAGCUGAUUCUGGUCCAUUUUUAGACAAAUCUGGUAGUUGUGCAGUUGUAGCUCUUUUUGUUGAAAAGACCGUGUACAUUGCUAAUGUAGGAGAUAGUAGAGCUAUUUUGAGCAGCAAUUUUGGAAAAAACUAAUAGGAUUUAUCUGAGGAUCACAAACCUUCUCUUCCAAGUGAAGAAUAAAGAAUAACAUCUCUUGGUGGGCAUAUUUACUAGUCGGUCAUUCCUAUUUAUGGAUCAGUUAAUGGAAAUAAUAUUUAACAAAUUUAAGAUGUCAUAAAAGGACCCCAUAGAGCUUUUCCUGGCAGACUAGCAGUAUCAAGAACUAUUGGUGAUGCAGAAGCAAAACUACCUAAAUAUGGUGGAAUAAAAGGAGUUAUUUCAGCAGAACCUGAAAUUCAAGUUUUUGAAAUACAAGAUAAUCAUGAUUUUGUAUUUCUUGGAUGUGAUGGUAUUUUUGAUAAGAUGACUAGUAAAGAAGCUAUUUAAUGUUGUUGGUAAAUUACAGAUUAAUGUAAAAAUUAACAUGAAUUUGUAGGAAGAGCAAUAGAAAAUACUAUGAGGUAAAGUAUGAUGAAAAAAAGUUAUGACAACGUAACAGUUGUGCUAGUAGGAUUAAAAAAUUUAGAGUAUUACUUUUAAAAGCAUAUCAAAUGA